AAUUUUCUCGUUAAAUUAAAUGGAUUCAUUUGUCAUUUAAUCUAAGUAAAAAAAAAAAAAAACAUAGAAAAGUCAUAUCAACAUACAUUGGCAUUGAAAAUUAAUUCCAUUGUUGAAUGAAGAAACAAAAUCCUCCAACCCCCAAAGAAAAAAUAAGCACCUUUUCCUCCUGUUUUCCAUCCCCCUACACCACAACCAAGGAAAAUUUCUUUUCUUAUCAUAUAUAUAUAGUUUCAGGCUGAAUUGGGACAGUAACGAUUCAUAUAUAUAGUUGAUUUGAUCAACUUAUUUGGAACUGAGACGUAUCUGUUAUAUAUUGUUGCGUUGUCAAAUUAGGUUAUGUUUGACUCCAUCUGCAGCAAGUGAUCGAUCGUCUAUAGAAGCUUUAAUAUUGGGAGAGUAAUUAAGCACACGUCGCCUGCUUGAUGGCUUGUUUCUGAUCUAUUACACUGAAGACAAAAACAAACCUCUUUGCAUUACUAAGACGUACAAUUAGUCAUGGCAGAAAAUUCAGCGGAAUACAUUAUGGAAAAAGCAUCAUCCUCAUCCAUUGAUUUGAACGAAGAGAACAAAGAGGAAAGCGAAGAAGAAGAAGAAGUGAUUGAGGUGGAAGACAGUAGUGAGAAAGAAACAGAAAGAAAUUAUAAUAGUACUAGUAGUGAUGUUGAAAAGAAAAACGUAAGGCAAUAUGUUCGAUCAAAAUUGCCAAGGCUUCGUUGGACUCCUGAACUUCAUCGCUCUUUUGUUCAUGCCAUUGAAAGACUAGGUGGUCAAGAAAGAGCCACACCCAAGUUGGUUCUCCAGAUGAUGAAUGUGAGAGGUCUAAGUAUCGCCCAUGUAAAAAGUCAUCUGCAGAUGUACCGAAGCAAGAAACUUGAUGAAUCUGGGCAAGUGUUAGGCCGAGGUAAUAAUAGAGUAAUGCAUGGAAGAAGCUAUUUCUAUGGACAAAGAUAUAAUCCUAUACAAGAUUUCAAGAUGAAGAAUGGUGCCAUUGUGUUAGCAAGGAAUUUUAACUAUGAUGAUAAAGCCCAUGUUCUAAAUUCCUUUUCGAGACCCCCAUAUCAGGCCAAAAGUACCUCUUUCAGGUACUUGCAGUGGUCUUCCGAUAAUCAAGGAAGCUUACUUAAUGCCAAGUCUCGGAAAGGUGAAGAUUUGUUGAGAAUGAAGAGCUGGCAGACACCAAGAGAAGUAGUACUUGAAGAAAAUGGAAUUGUCCCAAUUAGGUCAACCCAAUUUCUGGAACAGAAAAAGUGGUGUCCAUUCAUCCCCAAUCAGUGGGAGGAGAUCAAAAGGGCUGAUAUUUCUUCAGCUGAAAACUCUCAAUUUCUGCUUCAACAAAAUUUGGGACUACCACAUUCCAAGUGGAACUGCAGAAACAAUGCCCUUGACCAAAAUCUUGUGACACCUUGCAGGAUUGAGACGAAAGAAGACAAGGAGGAAAAAGAAUGGUUAUCUGAUUUGCAACUAAGAUUAAGCAGAAACAGAGAGGACAAGAAUGAUAGCAAGAGGAGGGAUCAGCCUUCAGAUAUAAACACAAUGCUUUCUCUUUCUCUUCCUACUUAUUCACCAAAUUAGGAGGGAGAUUAAUUAGAGUUUUAAGAACAUAAAAAAGUUUUAUUACUGUAUUAAUUAGCUUGUUAAUUAUUGUUCAGACCUAGCAGCCUAGGUAGGAGGGUGAGUACUUGACAUCUGACCAAGCAAUUAGCAUUAAUUAAUUGGAGUCAGAUCUCCUAAGUACUUGCUUUAUAGGCCCAUACACUACUUUCAGUUGCCACACUUAUUUUUCUUUGUUUCACGAAAUCAAUUUUUAGGUUUGUCUCUUGGAAGUGAAACUAUAUAUUUACGAUGGAUUAAUUACCUUGCUUAUAUGUAUUUAAUAUUAGUGGGGAUAUUCUCUU